AUGAACAGUCAGAAUAUUCAAAACUCGGAGCAGAGUUCCAACAAUCGAAGUUCCAAUAACGAAAGCUCGAACAACCAAAGCUCGAACAAUCUCAGCUCGAAUAAUUUCAGCUCGAACAACCACAGCUCAAACAACCAAAGCAGUGAUAGUUACCAAGCCUCUAGUUACGAGACUCCGAACACAGAUCCCCAACUCCAGACUAGCUUUGCCGAGGAUUCGGAUUACUACAGAAACUUUCUCGAACAACUUCUGGAUUUGGUUUGCAACGAGGAUCAAGAGACUGUAGCCCGAUUAGUCUCUAUCAUCCGUUCUGGUGCUUCCCAACGAGAGAUCCUCGCGGUGAUCUCUCAAAUGCAAAAUGGAAACAACCACCUCGGGGGGAAUGGUGGUGUCAUGGAAUCCUAA